UCAGUCCAGCAGGAAGAAGAAGAAGCAGAAGAGGAAGAAGGAACAAAGAUGGAGGAGUAUCCAGCCAGCGCGAACACUAAGCAAACAGAGAACCUCGACGACCCGCCCAACAGCCGGCUGUUCGCGGUCACCAGCCGCUCCAUCACGGAGGAUGAUAUCCGGGAGAGCUUCUCGGUGUUCGGAGAGGUGCAGGGUGUCUGGGUGGUGAAGGAUAAACAGACUAAAGAGUCUAAAGGGAUCGCGUAUGUGAAGUUCUCCAAGUCCUCUCACGCCUGUCUGGCCAUGGAGGAGAUGCACGGCAAGGUGGUGCUGGAGGGGACCAAACCCAUCAAGGUGUUUAUCGCCCAGUCACGGUCUUCAACAAAACACAGAGACGUUGAGGAUGAGGAGUUGACCAGGAUCUUUGUCAUGAUCCCCAAGUCUUUCUCAGAGGAGGACCUUAAAAACACAUUCAAAGAGUAUGGUGAUAUUGAGUACUGCGUCAUCAUCAAGAAUAAGACCACAGGGGAAAGUAAAGGACUGGGCUACGUGAGAUACUACAAACCCUCCCAAGCUGCCAUCGCUAUAGAGAACUGUGACAAAAGUUACAGAGCCAUCCUGGCUGAGCCUCGCACCAAGAAUACAGCACAAGAAGACUACUCUGGUGGAGCGCCCAGAGGGGAUUACAUGGGCGGCGGCGGUGGUGGUGGCGGCGGAGGCUGCAACGACCCAAACCAGUAUGCCUUCCCUAUGGGUGGCGGUAACGCGCCCAGAAACUCGGCAAAGACGAGGCUCAGGCAGGAGAGAAGACUGCUAGCAAGUAAUCAUAGAUAUAAACAAUCUGACCCUGGCAACUACCAGUCAAUGGACUACCGCUCCUCCGGUGGUGGUGGCGGCGGCGGCAGCGGUGACUUCACGCGGUGCCUGAUGUUGUCAACGCGGGCUGCGCUCACCCAGGAGCAGAUCUUUGCUCUCUUUGACCUCAUUCCUUGCAUGGAGUACUGUGAGCUGCAGAGAGACUCUUAUGGAAUGAGCAAAGGUCAUGCUUUGAUUCGCUACGGUAACCUUGGAUCAGCGGUUUACGCCAAGGAAAAGCUGAAUGGCUUUGAAUAUCCACCUGGCAACAGACUGGUAGUCAACUUUGUUGACGACGGAGAGGACCGCGGAAGCCCCGUAGGUCGGAUGGCCAUGCAGUUUGUUGCGACUCAGAUGAUGUCUGCACCGUGGAACGCACCCUCCUCCAGCCAGGGAAUGAAACCUCCUAAUUUCUCCGUCUCCUCGAUGCCCCGGAUCCAGACGGACGUCAGCCUGCCCCCUCUGAAGAAGCUCGCCCCACCUGAGAGCAAGACGAAGGAGCGCUUGUUUGUGGUGUUCAGCCCCUCCCCGCUGCCCCCAGAUGUGCUGGAGGACGUUUUCUGUCGCUUUGGUUCCCUUAUUGAGGUCCAUUUGGUUCCUGGGAGGAAGGUCGGAUACAUGAAGUAUGCAGAGAAACAGUCUGCAGAUGACGCCAUGGCGUUGCUCCACGGCCAGGUCAUCAAUGGAGUAAAGAUGAAGGUGAUGCUGGCUGAUCCUCCCAGAGAGGAAUCUCACAAACGCGCUCGUACCUACUAGGACCACGUGACCGGCGACUGUUGUCAUGACACAAUGACACCUGACCUGACCCGACCAACCGACCGACAUCGAGACCUUCUCCCGACCUCUGACCCGACCUUUGACACCUGUCUGACCUUACUUCUGGUCAGUGACCUUGCUGUGACUCACGUAUAUAACAAGUAGCGUCCACUGCUUAAAUGGAGUCUUAAUCAUUUACAGUCUGUGAGCAGCAGCAACAACAUGAGCAGUGUGUGUAUUUUGUGGUCAACGUCAUGCUUUUUAUGCUUUUUCUUUUUUUACAUCAUUUCAACGUUCACACUGCUUUUGGCUCUUGCUAGCUGGACUAACCAGUUUGACAACUACAGCAGUAGCACGCCAUGUUUUAUCUACAGACUAUUGAAGAAACGCAAAUUGAUCUACAAAUGGUCAUUUUGUGGAUGACGUAGUUUAAAGAUCUCACCAGUUACGCUGUAGUUCAGCUGGUUGGUAGCAUUGCUAAAAGCUAAAAACAGGAUUUGUUCAGAUGGAUCUAGACGGUUUAGUUUUUCAGAUCUGGUCCUUCCUUUUUUCUCUUACUGUCACUCCAUGUUGAGCUGUUCAUCAGACUAACUGUACUGUUUUUUGUCUCAAUAAAAAUCAGUUAAACCCCA